AUGCAAUGGACCCGACUUCCUGAAACGUGCGGCAGAUUAUCUCCUAUUGGGUUAACAGGGAAUGGGUCAAAGGGCAGGUACUAUGUUGUUAACCUGGUGAGGUCUGAACCUUGUCUGCUUUGCCUCAGUGUUUUGGACACUAAGCGCGGUAAAUGGAGAAUACGUCUUAUAGAGCAUCCGCGUUGGUCAGAAUUUGGAUGGUGCCCAACGCAGUGCCAUGCCGUGAACUUUGAGGGAGCUCUACAUUGGCUAGGCCAAAACGGACCUAUUGUAGCUUAUAAUCCAAAGUAUAGGCAUGCAUGCAUAGUCAUCCAUCGUUUCCCAGAGAUGCGUCAUGAAUCAUAUGGUGAGAAAGCGGUGGUCACGGAGACCUUAACAAUCUCAAUGGGCUAUCUACGCGUCAUUCAGCUCGUUUGCUAUCCCUGUAAGAGUGAAAAAGAUCACCAUCUUGUUAUUUGGACACUGGUGGAUUACAAAAAAUCGAUAUGGAAACAAGAAGAGCAUGGGCCAAUAUACUUCAGUGACAUGGUUUCUGAUCUUUCAUGGAUACAAGACUACAUGCAGCGUUAUAAUCUGACGACAAGUAAAGAAAACUGCAUGGCCCUUAUUAAGGAAGUUUUUUUGCUUCCUCGAGAAACCAGAAGACAGCAGAUCAUUUGGCCACAGCCUUUGCAUUGCCAUCCAGACAACCCUCUUCUCGUUUACUUGUACUUACCAGAAAGCAUCGUCUUACUUGAUAUCACAACAAAAAAGCUGAGGUUAAUAACUAAAGUCGCCACCAGAACUAGACGGAUGGGCUACCACUUUUACUGGACCCGAUAUGACAAGGUAAUACCACUCACACUUCACUUAGAUCCAUCCUUGAUCCCCGACACCAUCGGAAGAUGA